AUGUCAUCCGAUGACCUGUCUCAGUACUUAAGAGUCUGGGCAGACAAACAAGGUAUAGACCAAGAAUUUAUCAGUGUUGUUCAAAAUGAAAACAUCGAUGGAGAAGUACUGUUCGAAAUGACACAGGAUGAGAUAAACGACUUGUUCCCUGCCAUGAGCUUUGGUUACAAGAAGAAACUGUUCUUACUCAGCAAGCACGAAGGAAGAUCAAGGCUAAGCAGUGACUCACCAGAAAGAGAAGAAUUCGAAGAAGAGUUUUUGGCUGAAUUUAACAAAGCCACAAAGCCCACAACUUCAUAUCGGCGAUAUGGUCUUAUCCGUGACAAGUGCAAAUCUGUCACUAAUUUAAUUGACCGUGUCAGUCGAUUUGUACCAGCACAGGAUAAGACUGGAGAGGAUCUUCUCUCACAGAUUUCCAUGGAAACUGUCCGCUUUGCUGCCGCCUGUAUUAACAGUCGCACAAACGGAACAAUUCAUUUUGGCAUUUCUGAUGAAGGAGAAAUACAAGGCAUAGCUGUGGACAAAGAUAGGACUACAUCAGAAGUGAAGAAAAUGCUGCGAGCAAGAAUCUUUUCAGAUCAGCGUACCAUGGUGGACCGAUGUGUUAGACCUCCCAGGUUUGUUGAAGUCAUUCAAGCUGAAAAUGACCUUCCUUUAUGCGUGGUGGAGGUUGAUGUUGUCCCCCUUCAUUCAAUAGUGGGCGACGAAGCAGUUUUUCUUUCCAUCUCGAAUGGACCUCGGUUAACAAAAAACAAAAGUACUAAGCUGUACAUUUUCAAAGGAGAUACAGUUUCUGAACUCACAGGAGAUGGCAUCCGCAAGUAUAUGUCGGAGAAGUGUAGGUUUUCUGAACAAAGACGCCAGGAAGAGGAUACAUUUGUCAAUAAGCAGAAGAAAUCACGUGUACCUAAUCUACGUGACAAAUUUAUUGAGCUGUUUUGUGACGGAACUGAAACUCUAGACGAUGGCAUAUAUCCGUUACUACUGUGUGGCAAACCCGACGAAAAAUCACGCCGCCAUAUAACAGCGGAAAAUUUUCACUUCUUGAAAAUGAUCGAGUGGCAAAUGAUAAUGGAUUUGGACGACAAGGCUAGUAAGGACAGCCUAUAUGGUGUUUAUGAAGAACAACAGGGUAAGACCACUCGAACGUUAACGUCGGAUGAGUUUGAUCCCCGUCUGUCCAAAGAGAGCGGGGAUCGUUUGGAGGAAAUAACCAACUCAAGUCUCCCACCGUGGAUGUUUCUUAAUGGCUACGCUUUGCAAGAUCAGAAGGCAUUAUCUCCUCUCGACUGGAAGGCCGAAAGGUUCACCAAUUUUAAAGAGGUCCUGAGGCAUUUCUACACUGCCAUUCCCAAGGACCGGGCAGUUGUUAUGAUCUUACUGUUGUCCAAAGAUUAUGGAGUCAUGGUGGAUAUUCUUGCAGACGAAAUUUACACAAAAUUUCAAGAUCAGUGGAUUGUCAUUGCAGAAGAUGGGGCGAUAGCUGAUCCUCUGAAAAAAGAAUUGUUGAGACGUAAUGUGCACAAAUCAACUGUGGAGAAUAGAUUUCUGGUGGGAAUUCCUUGGAAGCAUGUGUCUGAGCUUGUAAAACAAUUGAAGGGUCCAGCAGACGAACAUAGAUGUUUACUGCCAACUUCAACAGGGGCUCCAUGUCAUCUCAAAGAAAAAGUUAAAAAUAGCCUUACCGACAUUGACAUUUUAAGUCUGAACCAGUGUCAAGAAUCAGAGUUUCAAGAUACACCUGAAAAACUUCAGGAAAAACAAAGAACCGAAGAAGAGCAAUUUUAUAAGGGAAAUGAAGUUUCUUGGUGGAAUUUUUGGUUCAAGAAUCACGUUUGUCAGCGAAAGGAACUUAGCAAACUGACACAUCAAGUUAAGGUUUCUCUGCAAGGAGACAUUCGAGGUGGCGAUAAAGUAGGACGAGUCCAUCUGUACCACCAACCGGGAGCAGGAUGUACAACUCUAUCAAAGCACGUUCUUUGGGAUUGCAGGUCUACAUAUCGCUGUUGCAUUGUCAAACGGAUCUCGGAACAAACUUGUGCACAAAUUGCAAAACUCUACGCGUUUGAGGAGGACGAAAAUCCACAACCUGUUCUUGUUUUGAUUGAUAACUUCCCAGAGGAAGAAAGAGUGGACCAGCUGCAUGCCGAGUUGGAAGAGACAGGCCGCCAGAUGGCAAAGUGGGGACAAAACUGUAACAUAUUCUGUGUAAUGUUAAUUAGCUACAGACGGGGAAAACAGACGUCAGAUCAUCAAAGUCAAAGGAUUUGGCUGACCCACAAUCUUCACGAAGAAGAACUCUUGUGGUUUAAAGAAAAACAUGCUACACUGGAAAAGCAUCACAUGGAGAACAAAGGAGUCGACCCAAAUACGUUGAUUGCAUUCAACAUCUUGAGGGAAAAUUUUAACCCUGAGUACAUCUCUAGAACUGUGCAAGAGUUUCUUGGCGGUAUCACGGAUAUCCGGGAGCAAACGCUUCUGAAAUUCGUCUCCCUUAUAAACUCAUUUGAUGUUGAUUUUAAGCCAAUUCCCAUCCCCUGCUUUGACCCUCUUAUGGUGCCUGACAGUACACAAAGGAAACUACUCCAAAAGAAAAGAUGGGAAUCUGAGCUCAGUUCUUCCAUGAAAAUUCUUCUAGUCAAGCGACCAACCCAGGGACUCAGAGGGACAUUACAAGGCUUGCGGGUUUCUAAUUUCCUUUUGUCUUGUGAAAUUUUGAAAAAGAUGUUGCUUUCCAGACAGGAAAGUGUGGUUGACGCCACAUUACAGCUUCUACAUGCACCCAUAUGGAAAGGAAAUGAUGUUUCACUGAAGGAACUUAAGUUCGUCAUCAAGAACCUCGUCAAGAAGAGAGCAUGGAUUCACGGGGGUAAAAGUACAAAGUUUUCACCUUUAAUAGAGAAAAUCCGAGAGGAGGAGUCUUUUGAUGAUGCAGCAAGUAUAAUGGACACAGUGUAUGAAAAAACUAACGAUGCAAUGGUUGCCCAGCAGAUUGCCCGGCUGUACAUCGAAGCUGAAAACUGGGAAAAAGCAUCAAAAUACGCAAAAGACUGUACUCGACUGAAAUCUCAAAAUUCUUGUAUCUGGGACACCUACGGACAAGUAUUCAAAAGAAAACUUAAAGCGCGUUAUGAGAAGACUAGAAAAGAGUAUACCGAUGUCUCUCAUCAGUGUACAAAAGAAGAACGUGAGGCCAUUCGCGAUGGUUUUAAGGCCAUUGACAUAUUUAGGCGAGAACAGACGAUCAGCAGAACCGAGAGAACAAUGGUCGUCUUGAACACAGCAGGCUAUUUUGGGGAGGUGCAGGUAACAACAAUUAUUCUAGACCUGUUGCGACUUUUGUCCCCGUUUGACGACAAGGACGUGCUUCACAGAUUCCUCGUGGAAUCUGAUUUUUACCCUCCAAAGGUAAUUGAUUCUUUUGGAGAAGAGAUAUGCAAGCGCCUAAAGUGCCUUGGAAAAGAUUCGUCUGAAGCUCUGACAUUUCUGGAAGAAGAUUUUCUACAUCUCAAAGAUGGCUCCGUCAACGACGACAGAAAGAAUGUACAUAGAAAUAACAAACAGAAACUGAUAGCUUUAACGGAACAUCAUUUGAGCUACUUUGGUGAAGAGGAAGAUUCAUUAACUGCAAACCUUAGUUCAGAGGAAGCUGCAGAGUUUCGACGACGGAGAGUCAAAAGACUUGUGGGCUGGUCACUUGGAAAAAUAUUGGAUGCGUCAUUUCAAGAAAAUGGCACAAGAUCCCAACAACAGGCCCAGGAGCUUCUUCAUCAAAAUAUCAGUUCAAAUCAACAAACUGUGUUUGACUACAAAUGCUUAAUUGGCAUAACUUUAACACAGUCCAUUAAUAACGAAAAUGUCAGAUACACGUUGACUGACCUAAUGAAAUACAGUCAAGAAAUGUUCGGCAUGAUCAAAGAAAGCGAUCGAGUGGAGCUGGAGGCGUAUCUUUACUUCGUCAUGUUUAACUGGCCAAUGGAAGAUGGACAGAAUGUUAACCGGUGUCAUUUAGGUAAGCUGAGAACAGCCAUUCUUCAGUGGAAAGAGGCAUUUUACAAGCAGUAUCCUGCUCAGAGAGAAGGAAGGCCUUUCCGAAGAAAAGAGACCACAAUAUUCCAUCUGGGGAACGGAGUUGAACUUCAACAGUACACACAUUACCGUCAGUUGCAAGGUAAUCAUAAAAUACGAGGGGAAAAGUUCUGGACAAACCCUGAGACCGUAAGUAAACUUCGGAUACUGGAGGGAACCUUGUUGCACGACGGGGCGGAAGUUCAAUUUCCGGUAUGCUCAGCUGAAGGUAAUGUCUCUCGAAUAACCAUUCCAAGCGGUAUGCUAAUACACGACAAGUCCCUGUGGAACAAACGGGUUUUCUUCUGUGUCGGCUUCAGCUGGUGUGGACCGAAAGCUAAUGGCAUCUCUGCGGAAGAUCCCACAAUGAUGGUGUCUAGAAAAUCGAUGCCUUCAAAAGAUUUCCUCCCGCUACAGCCUCAGAGAACUGGUGUCAACUCUCGCCGCUUUGACCUUAACUCUAGACAACUAUACCAACAACUCCAGCGUAUAGAUGACCUAAAGAGUAAGAAACGAUCCGGAAUAUGGCUUCCCCCAAAUGAGUGGAUGUUGGUCACACGAGAGAGAGAGCUCAGGAAUCGGCUUGACGCCAUCAUGGAUCAGGCCUUGGACGACACGCAAUUGCCGUACAACUAAGUCCUUGGUUGCCGUCCCUUUAUGCCUGUUGGCACCGUGAACCAAACUGACCAUUCAGCUCACAGCAUUUUUGUUCUUACUGCUCGCAUCAUGCAAAUUUAUGGAGAUGUUGACUGUCCAUUAGACUGUUUGAACAACAUCCAUUACCUUAAGUAACAUUAAUAUGGGACCUAAUGACCUAAUUCUAUGCAUUCCUUGACAUGUAGUGUGUAAUAUUGUACCAUAUUAUAUACCUGAUAUUUGUAGAAGUAUGUUUUAUCUUGAAGAUAAUGAAAAUAUAUGUUACCAUCGAAAAUAUGUCAUUUUGACUAUAAAUGUUAUUGAAAACUCGCAGUAUACAAUUUCAUAAACGCCACUUACUAGAAUGUACAUCUAUGAUUAUGCUAAUAUAUUUCUAUGAAUGCCCUGGACAUUGGCAAUCGGCGGUGGAAGGAGAGAGUUACACAAGCUUAAUGUCAUCGACACAGCUUAUUUUUUCAGCACGUAGGCCUGUAGCACGAAAUAUCCCUCGAUACUCUCUAAAAACGAUUGUGUACAAAUCUGCACAUUCACAGUGACAUGUAUAUCAGCUGUACACACAUGUAUACAGCGGUCACUGUGGUUGUCAUACAUGGAUUACACAAUUUGUGAACUGCUGGAACACAAAAUAAUGUGAAUGUGCAUUUUUGCACAUUUUUUUUGCACACUUUUUUGAGAAAAACUGGGAAAAAUGACUUUUGGUUAAGGAAUAUUGAGGAAUAUUGAUACUCAACAUGCCCGGUAUAUGUUUAUGUUUAUUUACUUCAGAUGGAAAUGUAUAUUUUUUGUCGACCUAUAGGUGUCGAUGUAGCAUUUUAAAAUUAAUUUACCUGUUUCUUAUGUUUAGUCCCACUGACAUAAUUUAUAAACACUUUAACGGUGAGCAAUUUACAUGUUGCCUAUUUAUAGUCCCACUGAGAUAAUUUGUAAACAGUCUAAUCACGAGUGAUUGAUAUGUCGCUUAUGUAGUCCCACUGAGAUAAUUUGUAACCAAUCUAACCAUGGAUAAUUAAAAUGUUGCCUAUGUAGUCCCACUCAUAUAACUUGUAAAUAAUCUAACCGUGGAUAAUUUACAUAUUGCCUAUGUAGCCCCACUGAGAUAAUUUGUAAACAAUCUAACCGUGGAUAAUUUACAUAUUGCCUAUGUAGCCCCACUGAUAUAACUUGCAAACAAUCUAACCGUGGAUAAUUUACAUAUUGCCUAUGUAGCCCCACUGAGAUAAUUUGUAAAUAAUCUCACCGCGAAUAAUUUACAUUUUGCCUAUGUAGCCCCACUGAGAUAAUUUGUAAACAAUCUAACCGUGGAUAAUUUACAUGUUGCCUAUGUAGCCCCACUGAGAUAAUUUGUAAAUAAUCAAACCGCGGAUUAUUUACAUUUUGCCUAUGUAGCCCCAAUAAGAUAAUUUGUAAAAAAUCUAACCGUGGAUAAUUUACAUGUUGCCUAUGUAGCCCCACUGAGAUAAUUUGUAAAUAAUCUCACCGCGAAUAAUUUACAUGUUGCCUAUGUAGCCCCACUGAGAUAAUUUGUAAACAAUCUAACCGCGGAUAAUUUACAUCUUGCCUCUGUCGUUCCACCGGCAUGAUUUUGCAACCAUAGGUAGGCCUAUUAUACAAGUUUCUUUCAAGGCCCAAUGACAUGACUUUUAAAUAUUUUAAUCCCGGAUAAUGUACGAUGUCUAUGUAGCCUUUGUAAUGUAUAUUUAUGUGAUAAAAAGUAGUUGUUUCAUACAUUUGUGCGGCGGAUCACUCAGAUCGAAUAUGCCAAUUAUUAAAAUUACAUUUUAACAAUGACAACCAAUGUCAUUUAACCCUGAUAGUUUAGCCUUUGUAAAUGAAUUUGUAACGUGCUGAUUUCCAUUUUAUAUCAUUUCAUAACAGUAUGAAAUCAUUAGUAUUUCACUGAUAUGGCCUUAUGAGUUUGAGUAAGCUGUAGAUAUACUUUGUGAAGUUAUGAAGUACAUGGAUGAUCGACAAAUCUAGAAGCAUGGGUACGGUGUUCAGUGCACUGCCUUAACUUAACACACGAAGUGUGCAUAACGUAUAGAUGCAUGCAGACAUGCAAUGUUUGAUGCAUGUACACUGUCUUUAUAAUGGCUAGGAAUGUGUAUUAAUGUUUAACAUCUGCUUAAUAAAGUGGCUGUCUAUCAUUAUGUUGGAUUUCUGUGCAGUUUUGUCGUAAUGGACAGUAUGUCUUGCCUAUUGUAAAUCAUUUGCUCACUGUGCUUUUUCGUUUGAAAUUAUAUUGACGGUA